AUGGAUACCUCUGACCAGACGCCGGCACAUAACAAGCGCUGGUUUGGCGUCUUUGGAGAUUGGUUGAGCAAGUUGACAACGGUGACAAAGUCUAGCGUGGGCGUUAUAGAAUUGGGAUUCAGCAAAACCAUCAACCUUUUCUAUGCGCAGUGGGGGUGUCCCGGCAAGACCUAUUACGCUGAUCUCCGUAUGGAUCUGGAGGCUGAUCUGGCGAUGGAUGCAACGUACGUAUACUAUCUCUCAGCAACGUUCAUUCCGCCGAGUAAACCAGAAACAUUUGCCUACUUCGGCAUGGAGCCACAAGCCUAUAUAGGUCUCCAUAUUGAAGGAAAUGCCCAGAUACAGACCCCCAGUGUGCGGAAGAAGAUUGUCGAUACUCUCUCCUAUCUAGGUCUGGCUGUCAAGGGGAUUACAGCGGUUGGUCCUACUUUGGACAUUUACGGCGAGAUUCGGGGUAAAAUCACCCUACACGGGGAGCUUGAUGCAGGAGCAAUGGCGAAAUAUGGAUCCUUACUCGGAAUUACGAGUGACGCCAAGGCACUAGCUCCUGGAAGCAUUAAGCCGGUUUUCUAUGUAGGAGUCGCCGUCGAUGCACAGCUAUAUGUAAUUGUCACACCUGAAGCUAAUGUCGGUAUCAAAAUUGGUGGCGGCAAGCUGGUCGGCGGCAAGACUCUCAUGGACGCCUAA